CAAGACAACUUGGAAAACUUCUCGGGGCGGGCGACCAGGACGCAGGACUCCGGGCGCCGGGGAGAGGAUGUAGAAGAGCUGGACCUGGACGACCCCCGUCCUCCGAGGUGCCACUCGCCCGGGCCAUGAAGCUGCAGCACUUCCAUGGGCUCCCGAGGGCCCCCUUGGCCGUCUGAGCGAACCCAGCUGUGCUGGGGCGGGCAGUACGCGCGCGCGCCUCACCCCGGCCCCCAGGCUAGAGCGCCCCUGCAACAGCACCCCGAUCCGCCAUGGACCACCAGGAACCCCACCAGGAGCCCCGCCAAGAGCCCUACUCUGUGCAGGCCACAGCGGCCAUCGCGGCGGUCACCACCUUCCUCAUCCUCUUCACCGUCUUCGGCAAUGCCCUGGUCAUCUUGGCGGUGCUGACUAGCCGCUCGCUGCGGGCCCCGCAGAACUUGUUCCUGGUAUCGUUGGCCGCCGCGGACAUCCUGGUGGCCACGCUCAUCAUCCCUUUCUCGCUGGCCAACGAGCUGCUGGGCUACUGGUACUUCUGGCACACGUGGUGCGAGGUGUACCUGGCGCUGGACGUGCUUUUCUGUACCUCGUCCAUCGUGCACCUGUGCGCCAUCAGCCUGGACCGCUACUGGGCCGUGAGCCGCGCGCUGGAGUACAACUCCAAGCGCACGCCGCGGCGCAUCAAGGGUAUCAUCCUCACCGUGUGGCUCAUCGCCGCAGCCAUCUCGCUGCCGCCCCUCAUUUACAAGGGCGACCAGGGCCCCCAGCCCCACGGGCGCCCCCAGUGCCGGCUCAACCAGGAAGCCUGGUACAUCCUCUCCUCUAGCAUUGGCUCCUUCUUCGCACCCUGUCUCAUCAUGAUCCUCGUCUACCUGCGCAUCUACCUGAUCGCCAAGCGCAGCAACCGGCGGGGGCCCAGGGCCCAGGGCGCCUCCAAGGGUGGGGCUUCCAAGCAGCCCCAUCCCCUUGCUGGAGGGGCUUCAACCAAGCCGCCAACCCUGACCUCUUCCCUGGCUGUUGCUGGAGAGGUCAAUGGACACUCUAAGCCCACCGGGCAGGAGGGCAAGACCCCAGAAGAUCUUGGGGUGGUGACAUUGCCACCCAACUGGCCUGCCCUUCCCAACUCAGGCCAGGGCCAGAAGGAGGGUGUCUGUGGGAUAUCUCCAGAGGAGGACGCCGAAGAGGAGGAAGAGGGUGGGCCUGAGGCACUGCCAGCCUCCCCUGCCUCCGCCGGCAGCCCCCAGCUGCAGCAGCCCCAGGGCACUCGGGUACUGGUUACCUUACGUGGCCAGGUGGUCCUGAGCAGGGGUCUGGGUGCUGCAAGCGGCCAAUGGUGGCGUCGCAGGACCCAGUUGACCCGGGAGAAGCGGUUCACCUUUGUGCUGGCCGUGGUCAUUGGCGUCUUCGUCCUCUGCUGGUUCCCCUUCUUCUUUAGCUACAGCCUGGGUGCCAUCUGCCCCCAACACUGCACGGUGCCCCACGGCCUCUUCCAGUUCUUCUUCUGGAUCGGCUACUGCAACAGCUCGCUUAACCCUGUCAUCUACACCAUCUUCAACCAGGACUUCCGCCGUGCCUUCCGGAGGAUCCUUUGCCGCCAGUGGACCCGGACAGCCUGGUGAGCCCGCCUGCCUGCCUGCCUGCCUGCUGGCUGUGUGGGGUGGGUACCAGGUGGCACCAGGGCCAUUCUACUUCUCACCCUGCUUUGUGCGGCCACCUUUCCAGGGCCUCUGGUCUCUGCCCGGGUCCUGCAGCCCCAUCUUGACAGCCUCCUGACAGGGACCAGGGUGGAAGUGCUGCUCCCAUGGGGUCCAUUGGAAGCUUCCCUUCUGCUGCCUUGGCUUGGAGAGACCUCUUCUCCACGCCCUGCCUGAGCUCCUGCAGCAGGGUGAGGCUUGGAUCUUCUUGUGUGUGGCCCAGGACAGGCUAGAAUAGUCUCUCCCUCCUGAACCCCAGGCCCCUACAAGCCAAUGGAUGGGCUUCUUUUCUCUGUGUUCCCUGGCAGGCCACUUGCUUGUGGUGUUUUUUGUUUUGUUCCCUCAUCUUCCCCGCAAAGAGCAGGAAGCCCGAUUUCCACUCUUCCCAGGGAGGCCUGCUGCCGAGGAGGAAGUGGAGGAGGAGGAAGAGGAGGCAGCAAUGAAGAUGCUCACCCCACCCAUGCUGGGCACCUGUAGUCACCAUCAGGGGGCUAAGCUGGAGCUCUGUGGGCUGGCAAUGUCUCUGGGCCCUUGUUCCCCCUGCUGCCUGCUUUUGAAUCUGUGGCUCAUUUAAAGGAUAGAGCCAGGCACUGGGGUGCUCACCUCCCACCGCCCCUCUGGAAGGCCGGCCAGUGCCUGGAUGCCUCAGUGGGGCAGCCUGGAGACCUGGCCUCUGCCUCCACGGGAGAUCCCUGAUCCCUGGCAUUCACCCCCUGAAAAAAAAACAGGGCAACAAUAGCUUGCCGCCUACUUGCCACAGGGAGAUGAAAGGCUUGCCAGCAAGCUUUGAGCUCCGAGGGGGGGACUAACCAGUGAACCAGCCAAUGCGAUUGACCCGGCGGGAUGAAAAACCCCUUUUCUCUCUGUUACCACCACCCGUCUUCCUGUAGACUUUUUUUCUGGGCCUAGGGUGUGCGCAUUCUGCCCCGAACUGGAAGCGGGGAGUGGCAGUCAGGACCCCUCUGCCCGGUCAAGGCUUUCUUGGAGAAGGUGUUCGUGUGCCUGCAAAGGCUUGCGUCUUUAGGCUGUGUGACUGCUCCUCCGCCUUUCACUGCAGUCCCGAGCAGGGCCGAGCGGGCGUGUUCAAUGGCGCUCUGCCCCCUCCGUGGAGAAUGUUUUUCGUGUCACCAGGCAGGCCAGCUGUUUCCCCAAGGGAGCUAAAAGUACCCACACCAUUGGGGACAAUCUGAGAUGAGCCCCUGUGGUGAGGGGACAGAGCGCCCCAGGCAGGGGCAGGGCUGGGAGCGGGGCGGGUGAGCAAAGGCCUGGAAGACUUUGCCAGAGCGCCUCUGUUGCUCUCCAAGCCCCAAGUGGCCCUCUGGGAAGUGGGCCUCACUCUGCUCCGGAGCUCCACCCAUGGCUGGGCCUGCAGAGCCCUCUCCCCCCAGGUCCUCUCCCCCAGCCCAGGACGCAGCAUCUGGAAGCUCGGAGAGUGUGUGAAGCCUGCUUGGCCUUUGCCGCAGGGGGGUACUGGCUUCUGGACUCAGUACAUUUGGCCACAGGCACCCAUGGGAUUCGGAUGGGCCUGCCCAGAUUUGGAGCAGGGCUGAGGGAGCCUUGUGGGGUGAACCUGAUGGAGGGACCCAGGGGAAUCCCUCCUGGGGCCAAGGGUACCUAGCUCAUUCCUUGGUGGCAGCACAGAGGUCUGGCCAUUGCUCCGCGGGGAGGCUGGCGGUGUUGGUUGGGUCCCCGGGGGGCGCUAACUGGUGACAUCAGCCCCACCUCACUCUAUACGUGUGCCCCCUGGGACUGCAGCCUGUGGCCUCCUUGUUGUGACACGCAGGUGUGUGUGUGUUUUUUAAAGUCUGAGCUAUUUUAUCAAUAAAAGAUAUUUUGUAAUAA